ACAACACUGGAGCACACCACACCAUUUCGAUUCCUUCCAUCACGGUCUCUAGCGUUGACUAGCGUUGACGAAACCGGUCGUAGAGUACUAUUACCACGUGUAAGACUUAUUAGGAGUCUAUAUUUUCACAAUAAGAUUUUACAAACUGACUUCAUCGCAAUUUUGAAACAUGUCAGAUCUAUUUGACAACGGUUCCUAUUCUGACAAGGACAAUAAAGGAAUCGAUCCCGAAUUAGCAGAGCUUCUAAUGGUUGAGAAGCAAAAAGCACAAUUUAAUGCACAGAUUCAUGAGUUCAACGAUUUUUGUUGGGAUAAAUGCGUUGAUAAGCCAGGAAGUAAAUUGGAUGGCCGUACAGAAACAUGCAUAAACAAUUGCGUUGAUAGAUUUAUAGAUUAUAUAAAGUGA